CGUUUGUGAGGCGGCAGCAGGCGGCGGAGGAGCCCGGGUCCAAGAAAGGUGGAGACUCCUGCUCAACUUCCUGCACAGUAAUCUUGAGGCAGCCCUGAGAGAGAAGUCAGGAGGCGGGCGGAGCUGCUGCUGCUGCUGCUGCUGGGACAAGGACGAAUGGAUCCACGGCUCGUUUGACGUCGUUAUCUCCAGCGAAUCGAUACAAACUCACCUUGCGGGCGUUUGGACGCAGCUACCUGGCUAGUCGCUUGCUAGCAGCGGAGCGGCUGGACAAGAUAUUCCCAGCGUCUGAUAGCGAGGCGGUGCGAAGGGCAGGAAUGGAGGUUGCUGUGGAGUACGAGUAUGAAGCGCUCCACGAUGACGAGCUGACCCUGCGAAUAGGUGACAUCAUCAAGAACGUGCGGUACAUAGAUGAGGACGGCUGGAUGGAGGGGGACCUCAACGGGAAAAGGGGGCUCUUCCCUGACAACUUUGUGAAGGAGUUGAAGAAGGAAUCUAAAGAGGCCAAGGAAACAAAGAAUGAGCCUAAAGAGGAGGCCUCUCAGCCUCUGAGGAGAGAGAAGAGCGCCGGGAACGUGGCCAACCUGGUCCAGAGGAUGAGCACUAUCGGCAUUCCCACUGGUGGCUUCCAGCCUCAGCCACCAGCAGCGUCAAAGAAGCCUAAGAAGAGACAGUGCAAGGCGCUGUUUGACUAUCAGCCGCAGAAUGAAGACGAGCUGGAGCUGAAGACUGGAGACGUCAUAGACAUCAUUGAAGAGGUUGAAGAGGGCUGGUGGAACGGUAACGUAAACGGCAAGUCAGGACUGUUCCCCUCCAACUUUGUCAAAGAGCUGGACGCCUUAGGAGAGGACGUGGAGUCAGUCGACACGGCAGCAGAUGAGACUGAUGGAAGUGGUAUGGAAAGCCCUGCCGCCCCCACAUUGCCUCAAGCCGCCUCAGGGAACGGAGUUAUUGCUCAGCCCAAGAAAAUCCGAGGUAUCGGCUUCGGAGAUAUUUUCCGGGAAGGUUCGCUCAAACUUAGGGUCCGUCUGCCCAGCCCUGAAAAAGAGGAAAAGAAGGACAGACCAGUCCCAUCAUUACCAUCUGCUGCAAAGCCCGCCCUUCCCAACAUGACAGACUUGCAGAGAGCAGACGGAGACGGCAAAAGCAAAGCUAAGGAGUACUGCAAGGUCACAUUUGCCUUUGAGGCCAGCAACGAGGACGAGCUGAGCCUGAAAGAGGGAGAUCUCAUCCACAUCCUGAGCAAGGACACAGGAGAGCCUGGCUGGUGGCGAGGGGAGAUCGGUGGUAAAGACGGCGUCUUUCCUGACAACUUUGUGGUCAUGGUUUCUGAAACAGAGAAAGAGUCUCCCACGUCCAGGGGGUCAUUGAAAGCAUCCCCUAAGCAGGAGCCAGAUGAGAAACCAAAGAAGCCACCUCCCCCAUCAAAAAACAUAGCUCUCAAACCCGAGGUUCCCAGUGCCGACAAGAAACCUCAUCCCAUCAGGACUGAGGACAGAGUUGACAAACCGACGCCAGAUCACAAACCAUCCAAGCCUGCAGCGCCUGUGGUCCCGCCCAAGAAGCCGAUCCCUCCUCCAGGGAAAGGCCGACAGGGAAGCCUCCCACCAAAGAGGCCCGACAAGCCUCUCACUCCCUCACCAAACCUCAAGCACAAUGGAGAGGUGCCUUCCAUAAGACCAAGGUCUGACUUUGAGCCAUUAUUGCCCACCAAACCGAAAACACUGUCUGGAGACUGGGGGGACAAGUCCUCGGAUAUGGCAGAUCUGAUGAGUUUUGAUGACCUGUCGUCUACCUCAGGGAAGCUCUCUCACCCCACUGCGAGCAGACCAAAGAUGCCUGGCAGGAGGCUGCCUGCCCAGUUCGGUGGAGGACAGUCGCCCAACAAGGAAGUGAAUGUGGAAAAAUCCUUCAAGGUGGAUGAAGAGGAUGCAGCCAAACCAAAGCUAGCAGACACCAGAAAGCCUUCCACAAACACCAUAUCCCAGUCAACAUCUCUUCAAAAGCCCACCACGGCCAGCAUCGAGGUCAAGCCGAGCACCGAUGCCAAGCCGAGCCCCGCAGUGGCACCACCGAGCUCCAACAGCACCUCUCAUAGCAGCCGAGGCCGGCAUGAGCCUGAGGAGCCGAGCUCUCAGCUGGACGAGCUGAGGAGCCAGAUGAAGGAGCUGCUGAUGUCCGUGGAGCUGCUCAAAACCCAGCAAAUGAAAGAGAUAGGGGAGCUGCGACGAGAGCUGGAGGAGGAGAGGAUAAAGCGUGUGAACCUGCAGAUGGAGAUAGAAAAACUCAAGCGAACCGUCCACUCGACGUGAAGCUCGCGCCGCAAUCACCAGCGUGCAUCAAGGCCAGCUGCUGGCCUGUCGACCAACCAGAGAGCAGGAAGGCGGUGAGGGACGGACGGAGAGAGGGUGGAGAAUCAGAUCGGCCACCUGGAGCACAAUCUCUUUUCAGUGAUCUACAAUAAUAAACUCGCCCCAUAUUUGUAAGAUUUACAUUUUGCACAUAUCAUUUUUUUUUUCAAGCUAGAUGUAAUUAUGUUCCAGAUGUAUAUGUUUCUCUUUUUCUUUUCUUUUUUUCUUUUGCCAACACAUGAAAACUGAGGCCUUACUGCAAACUACAUGCGCUGGACUUUUUUUAUUUUCUUCCGGUCACGUUUUCUCUCCCUUUUACUCCGAUGUUCCUCGAACUCCUCAGGGAGGAGCUUCACUCUCAGUACUACUGACUUUGUAUAAAGCAGGGGGCGUUUGUUUUCCUCGCCUAAUUUUCUUUCUCUUCAUUUUUUUUAUGAUGCACAAAUUUUUUGAUUAUAAAAUGUGAGAAAAUAAUUAAUUUCAGUUAACAACCUCGCAUCCUCACGAUAAAUGAUUUUUUUUUUUUCUUUCUCGUGCAGCGCCUGACAGCAGUAGCCUCCACGGCUGCUGUGCUUCAGAGACAGCGCUGUGUUCGAUUCUCUUUGUCUUUUAUAUGUUUUCUAGCAUUCCUAUCCAGGGUAACACUACUGUGCCUGAUAAAAAAAAGUAAAUUCUAUUAAGUGUUUAUAAUGGGAGCUUACAUUUUCCACGAUGGUGUCUGGAAUGUCUGCAGCAUGAUGAUAUUGUAUAUCUAUAUUUUUUAAGUCUACUGACGUGUCUAGUCAAAUGCUAUAUAGAGGACCUCUUCUAGGCUGGUCUCUUCUAUCUUUGUGAGGGUUGCAUUCGUUUCAUGUUCUCAGAGCUUCAGCCACACAGUCUGCAGGUGAUGCAGAUACACACACACACACACACACACAAUCACGAAGGAGUUCUAUCAUUCACACAUGGCCAGUUUUUGAAAAAGGCCGCCUCUGUGUUUUUAAUCUGGCGUUUAUCCUCCCUUUCUCCUUUGACUCACAGUGAAAUGAUCUGAGAGGAGCCUCGUCUCUCUGUGUUUUGUAUUAGCCUGCACAGCACUCAUCAGAUGUCCUGUAAUCAUUGAACAUGCCUGUACACAAGUUCAACUGGAAGUGUAGAAAUAACAUUUAAAAAAAAAAAACUCACACUCUCUUAACUCUAUUAGAGAAGAAAUGUUUAUUAGAGCUCCACUGUCGUUUUUUAAAAUGUGAUUGUAUCAAAUAAUUUAAAAAUGAUCUCGGCAGACUUUUAAAACAAUCACAACGACGCAAUCUGUGUGUCUGCCAAAUGUCUUUUUUAGCAACACUAGCAUCACAGCUAUAGCAUCGGCCAUCACUAUGAGUUUGUCCGUCUGUUGAUUGGACAGGUCACUGCUUCGAUGGAAAAAUAUGCAGAAGGUUGACAAAUUAAAGGAGAAACCAAGAUAAUGUGUCUUAGUGAAGGGUUGGGCCACCAGAAUAGCUUCAGUCCAUUGAUUCUCCGUCUGUAACUGUCUGGAGAGCGCUUUGUAACGGAAACCAAACCAAAAUGUCCAUAGGUGUCCCAUCCAUACUACCACACAUCCACUCUGCUCAAGUUACACCUGGUGUCCACACUACUCCAGAGUGUCAGAGCUGCUGAAACUGAGAAGUUGGAAAAUGUUUGGAAGCGAUGACGUUGACACUCACAAUCACUUGCUGAUUGGCUCUUUUCCCUAAUUUGUCAAACUCCUAUCACAUGACCCCAUUCCAGCAGAAUGGCAUUAGCCUCGGCUACCACUGUAGAACACAACCUGGAUCAUCAAUUACAAAGGCCUUACUGAUCCUGUUGUCUUUGCGAAUAGUUGUGCAGAUUAAAUUCUGCAAAGCCAUGAUUUUACUUUUUACCAUUUUUUUCUUCAACUAACAUGCAAAUGCUUCCUACUAACUUCCUGCAUACCCAGUGUACGUGAGUUGUCACGUGAUAUGCGUUUUCAGGCGUGUUAGAAUGGACAGGGAUUAAACUGAACAUGUGGACAGAUUGUGGAUCCCAUUUUUAAACAAAUGCAGCAGUAUGGAUGUGUUAUCAUCCUCUAUCUCUCCACUCGUUCUUCAGGUUUUUCCUUUAAUUUGUCAUCCAUUUUGUGGGAUGCAUUCCCACGAGGUUUGAUACAGAUAUUCAGCCACACUGCACAGUGAUGUCACAGUGCACUCAAUCACCCUGGAGCACACUUCUACAUCAUUCCAGCAAAAUGAUGUCUAGCAACAGCAAUACAUUUUUAAAUAUAUAUAUAUAAAAACAUGAUAUAUAUACAGUUGGGACCAACCUAUGCCCUGAGGUUCUUAUACAGUUAAAAGUGAAUGCAUUUGUAAGUCAUGUAUUUGGUCCUGCUGUUACGAAUCAUAUAUUUGGUGUAUGUUGAGCUGUUUGCACGGUGGACUCGCCGGCAGUCGCAGCUCUUAAACAGAAAAUAAAACGUGGCUGGUUUCUUGCUGUAUACUUUGUUUUCUCUUUCAGGACAGAACUGUUGUCUUCAGGACGCUAGUUGCUCUUUUAAUUCUGAGAUAUCUGGACUCCUAACCGCUGCUAGCACGGUGGUUCAGGGUUGCAGAAGUGUGCAGCGCGGUGCGGGUGGAACUAACACGGUGUAGGGUGCGAGCUGCCCUCAGUAACAUCAGACCUGUAGCCCUGAGCUCUUAGUGUGCGGCUCUGUGCUGACGAUAACCAGCUUAUCCCUUGGUGUGGACAUGCUUUUUGAGUUGUCUCCUCCGGCCUCAGCGUGGAUUGGAGGGAUGUGAUAGCUCUGAACACUGGUCAAAAUAUUGACAGCAGCUUCCUGUUCCAAGUUUAAUGUUCUGUCAUCGCCAAUACUCAUACUCUUUAUCCUUAGUGCUUUUUUUAUUUUGUAUUCUCACAGAUACAUCGCAGAGGUCUUAAAGAAGCGUUACUUUACUUUUAAAUCAUCCUCAGGCUUUGGUUUAAUGUGUCCUGUGUGUGUGUGUGUGUGUGUAUAUGUGUGUUUCUGCCCACAAACGUAACAGUGUCCAUGAAGUGCUGGACUGCAGAGCGCAUUGACCAAGUUGUCUUUCUGCCCUUAAUGAUACAGCACCCCCGCAGUGAGAGGAUGCCUGAUGUAAAACAAACAAAACUCUCCAGCAUCAUGGCCGGGCAAUGAAAUAAUUACAAUGUGGGGGAACGAGGCACCCAGGGGGGUUUGGGUGACAGCUUUUUGUGUAAUAUCUGUAAUGCAGCUUAACUUCCACAUAUUGUACAUUCCAGAGUUUGACACCAAGAAAAGAAAUCUGUGCACAUUUAUAACAUAUUUUCAAGUGAUUUUGUUUACAAGAGCUGUAUCCUUGCAUGAGCUGAGAAUCUUUCCAAAAAAAAGAAUAAAUAUCGUCUUUAUUUACUGAC